AUGGUGUGGCUUCCAGAAACCGAUUCGGCGGCCUCCGCACGUGGUCGGGACCCCGCGGCAGCCGAGCCACAGGUCUGCACAAGGCCUACUGCAUACUCUACAGGCACCCCAGGCGAUGGAGAGUUGGCGAACACCGAGUUUCAAGGUCUGGUCCCUGCCCCGCACGACUCUGAGGACGACGCCGACGUCGCACUGAAGCCUGACAUCGCGAGCUUGGCCGGUCCAGGCGGCCGCAGUCAGGUCUGUUGCCCGGCGGGCAAAGCCUCUCGACCAGACACCUGCUUCAUGACACACCGCUACGUGAAGCAGGAGAUCGCCUACCUAGCACGCCGCAUCGACGAGGUCGGGCGCUACUUCCUGGCUCUGGAGUCGAUGCUCGGCUCCGGCGCUCUGGGUCCUGUGCUCGACCGUUCCUUGAAGGAGCUCGAGAAGCACCUCCAGCAUCCCGAGAAGCUGCAGGAGCCGGAAGAGGUCCAAGGCUACAUCGAUGCCGCGGUUCGCCUGGGCAUUGGCCCGGAGCGCUAUCGUCCGCUACAGGACCGUUACAGCUGGCUCUGCCACGGCCGACAUCAAGAAGAUCUGCGCAUGCAGCUCACGGAGGCUGCCAUGGCCGAGGAUUCCAUGCAGCUGCAGCAGCUUAUCGAUGAUUCCCUCAGGGCCGGAAUCGGGGCAGAAGAGCUCCACCCUGCACGCGUCCGCUUGCAGGCGCUGCAUGCACGGGAGUUCAAUGAAGGGAUGCUGUCCGCAGCGGCUUCCGGGGACACCUGCGCCGUCAGGGAGAAACUGAGGACCGGCGGGGACUCUGACGCCCAGCAGCAGUCGACGGGGUUUUCCCUGUGGCACAUCGCCGCAUCCCGCGGAGACGCCAAGCUCGCGGGGGUCGCGAGGUCCUGCAACGCAAGCGUGGAGCUAUUGGACCGCUCAGGCUGGACAGCUCUCAUGCUUGCGAGUGCACAGCUCGACUGUGUGCUGGUGCAAGCGCUGCUGGCUGCUGAGGCGGACCUGACAGCAAGGAGUGAUCAGGGUGAGGUGAUUGUGGACUGCCAGACGAAAGAGGAGCUGGAAGCCCUGAAGAAGCAGCUCAGCAACGGACGUCUUGCCAAGCACUGGUCGGAUUCUGGAAGAUGUCUGGACUUUGGCGAUGAGCUGGUGGCGGGGGAGGAGCUGAUGCUUCCCACCUUUCAAACGGUUGGUGGGCGCACUGCUCUGCACUGUGCUCUGCUUAGACCGGGAGAGGAAAGCAGCAGAGUCUCCGUCAUCAACGAGCUCACAGCUCAAGUGCAGGCACCGGUCAAUGCGCUGGACGACCUGGGUUAUUCUCCGCUCUGGUAUGCUGCAUGCUCCGGCUAUCUGGGCUCCGUAUCCGCACUGCUGCGGGCGGGCGCGACGGUCUCGCUUGGGAGCUGCUCGUGCCUUCAGGCCGCGGCUGGGGCUUUCGCCAAGGCCGUGGCAGAAUCUGCGCCCGCAGAGGCAUCUCUUCAGAUCUGCCGAGUGUUGCUUCGUCAUGGUGCAGGAGACUUCGUGGAGGAGUUACUGGAUGCCGAGGCUGCCAUCGCCAGAGCUGGAGUCUCCCUUGCCCUGGAGCACAUCCCGGAGUUCGAGGAAGCCUUGGAGGGUUCUGGGUCGGCGGCAGCGCUCGAGGCCGGCUGUGCGGAGGCGAGCCAGGUGCUUGAGGCCCGCUACAACAGCAGCCUCUUGGUGCAUCGCCCGCCCUCUCAGCUGGCAUCUGCAAAGGACGCAGCAGCCUUUGCCACAGCUGCGCAGCCUGAUUUCGAGACCAUCGCCUUCGCACUGGCCAAGAGUUUUGGCGGCUACGCAGACGUACCCCGCGACGUCAGCGUGUCGCACAUGAUGCGCCUGGCACGCUUGCAGCGGCGGUAUGCUGGAGAUUUUUGCUACACGUCCGGCGCUGCAAUCGAUUGGGCCGCUGUGGUGGGAGGGCUGGAAGCCACACUGGUGUUUCAAAGCAUCCCUGAUGUCUACAAAGCUCUGGCUGAGCUGGACCGAACUUGCUCCUGCAAGAUCCGCGGGAUUUGGGACCACCUACUGCGCCGGGACAGCGCGCAGCCUUCCUGGCAAGAGUUCAAGUCGGUGGAGAGGGCAGAGGCAGAUGCCGUGGUUGAAGGUGAGCAGCCGCGAGCGAGCUUCCGCCAAGAUCCAGCGACAGCGCGGCAGAUUGCAUCGGCUGGAGUGGAGGCCGCAGCCCGGAAAGCUCUCAGUGGGCUGGCCGAGGAGCGCAGCGCGGCGCAGACGGUUGCAAAAGCCAGCGUCGAGGCAGCUACGAAGAAGGCACUUCAGUCUGUGUGUGGGAUGGAGGCUGCAACUGUGCACCAGGACCGCGCCUCUGCCGCGGCCGUCGCCGCCGCCUCGAUCUCGGCCGCUACGCAGAAGGCGCUGGACACCCUGGCAGCUGAAGGCUCCCACGAGUCACCUGCAGCGGCGCCAUCGCUGCCGAUUGAGGACCGUGCCUCUGCUGUGGCAGUCGCUGCCGCCUCAAUCUCGGCCGCUGCUCAGAAGGCGUUGGACACCCUGGCAGCUGAAGGUUCCAGGGAGGCCUCCCUCGACCAAAAUCUGGUAUCGCGGCAGCUGCGAGAAUCCCAGGCCUCGCGCAGUGAUACCGACAUGGCCGAGGUGCAGGUGAUGAUUGAAUGCUCCGGUGCCGUUUGCUUGCUCCGGCUCACGGCUGCCGGCGUGCAUGAGGCCGCGCAGGCCACCGUGGAUGCGGGGCGCUGGGUGCUGGAGGAGCUCGCGAGCGUGAUGCGUGCUGCCGUGGAGGGCAUGUGUUCUCCGUUGGAGGCCGAAGAGGAGGCCCACGAGAUUUUAGAGGCGGCUGCCAGACGACUGGGUCACCAGAAGCUGACGCAAGUGCUGGCCACCCCGAUGCACGACGCGAGCAACUCAUGGACCUGCACUGCCUCAGGGCUGGCAGCCCACUGUGGGCUGGUCGAAGUCCUCAAGCUUUUGGUGGAUGCCGGCGCGCCGGUGAGCCAGCCGAGGCUGCCGACAUCGCUGGCUCCCCGAGGCGAUUGCAGCCCGCUGUCCCUGGCUGUGGCCGGCCACCACUUUCCGUGCAUCGCGCAGCUCCUCGCCAGCGGCGCGGACCCCUUCGACGACCGCGUGGAUGCUCUGCUCCUUGAUAUGCUUUCCGACGACUGGCUGGAAGCGCGCUGGUUCCAGGAGAAGGUCCUGCGCAUUCUGGAAGUGUCGCGGUCCCAGUCGCAGGUGGAUGCCCGGACCUUGGCGAAGCUUGGCGCCAGCUUCGAUGGUUCGCCGGGCCAGGACAUCAUCCACGGUUCGCUCUGCUCAAGGAAUCAGAGCAUUGCUCAAGGCGACAAGAACUAG